GAACCCUGUUCUGACUAUUUACCUGUUUAUUUUUAUAUUAUAUAUUUUUAAAUGUUUCUUGAUGGAAACCAGUAAAUGAAUCUUCAACUUGUUGAACUUUGACCUUCGGUUUCUUCUUCUUCUUUGUUGGCUGUGUGCGUAAGGUGCGCGCGCGUGCGUGUGCAUGUGGAGGCGUGGAGGUGUGUGGGAGUGUUGCAUCCUCUCACGUGACCAUCCCGCCUCCCCUGCUCUUCCUCCUCCUCCUCUUCUUCAGUCCGGGUCUCUUUGUUGUGGUCGCAGCUGCCGCUUCGCUCUGCGCGCCGCGUCUCGCCCCUCACCGCCUCCUUGCCGCGCGGCGGACGCGCAGCCGGCGCCCCGGUGGUUUGCGGGUCUGUGCGGGAGUGACAUCAGAUCCGCUGUGAGAGACUCGGAGUUUGAGCGGCGGAGGUUCGGACUGAGGAUGCUGCUGCCGGACCGGACCGCCUCUGAGGCUUCCUGAACCCGGAAUCCCGCAGGAAUCCCGCAGGAACCGUCGCUCCUGCUCCGCCUCAGACCUGAGCGGCGCUCCGCUGCCUCUCUCCCGCAUUUGGAGCUCCUUCUUUGCGGGACAUCCGCGUUUCUUCAGGAAUUACGCCGAAGCGUGUGCGGCUGCCGAGCCGAACCGAACCGAGCGGACUGCGGGCUUCGGGUCUCCUCCAUGAUGCUGACGGGCCCUGGGAGGUGCCGCCGGCGCCCGGGCGGGGCAGUCCGGUGCCUGGCGGCCGCCUGGCUGCUGGCGCUGCUGCUGACCGGGCCGGAGGUUCGGGCUUCCUACCAGCCGCAGAGCGGGGAGUGCAAAGGCAGAGGCAAGGACUGCUCAGAUCUGUCAGAGAAGAAGAGCGACCUGAGAGUCUGCGACGUCUCCACCUGCCGAUACGGAGGCGAAUGCAAAGACGACGGCGCGCAGCUCAAAUGCGUCUGCCAGUUCCAGUGCCACAAAAACUACAUCCCGGUGUGCGGUUCUAAUGGAGACACCUACCAGAACGAGUGCUACCGACGGCUGGCAUCCUGCAAGCAGCAGAGAUCCAUCUCCAGAGUCCAUGACGGGCCAUGCUCCGCCGAUCCCGGUUCUGGUUCAGGAGACGGAGACGACGAUGAGGGCUCCGCCUCCGACGUCGGGAAGAAGUUCACCAAGUGCAGCACGUGUAAAUAUGGAGCCGAAUGUGAUGAGGACUCUGAAGACGUCUGGUGCAUAUGCAACAUUGACUGCAGCGGCCACAAUGAGAACCCGGUCUGCGCCACAGACGGAAACUCCUACAACAACCCGUGCCUGGUCCGGGAGGCUUCGUGCAUGAAGCAGGAGCAGAUCGACGUCAAACACCUGGGACGCUGCCUCGCGGAUAAAGAAAAGCUGGGGAAGAAGGACGACAGCAGCCCCUUCAAAGUCAACGUCUUAGAAACCACGGGUCUGGACCAGGGCGAGGGUUUCUACGCAUGACAUCCAUCUUCGAUCCAUGGGAAAUGUGAGAUCAAGUACAACAUGGCCACCUGCAGGUGUGACGCCGGGUACAAAGGCACGCAGUGCGACGAGCCGCAGGACUUCAACAUCCUGUACGUGGUUCCCAGUGGACAGAAGCUGCACUACGUCCUGAUCGCCGCCAUCAUCGGAGCCGUGCAGAUCGCCAUCAUCGUUGCCGUGGUGAUGUGCAUCACCAGGAAAUGUCCGAAGAACAACCGCGGCCGCCGGCAGAAACAAAACCUCGGCCACUUUUCCUCGGACACAAACUCCCGGAUGGUAUAGCCUCGAUUCUGACGCUCCUCUUUGAUGAGUAUUUUUCUUAUAAGGCGGGAACGCCGAUUUUUUUAACAGUAAGUGGGACAUUUUUUUUCUCCUGGGGGAAAAAACAAUAAAAGAAGAAUAAUAAUAUUUAUUUAAGAGGCCUUAUUUUUCCUGGCGGAUUCAAAUGUUUCUUUUCCAAGCAGCUGAAUCGACAACCUCCUGCAUUUGGUUGAGAUCUUUUCGGUGAGCUGGCCAACGAAGCAGCGUCUGCCCCUCUGGAAUGUGAUAUUUAUUCAUUUUUACCAUGAAAAUCUUUUCCCCGCCUGUCCAGCUCCUGCUGGUCGUCCAGCUGAUCUCCAAACCUGUUUGUUUUUAAAGUUUUGAGGCGCCGGCCAGUCCAAUAGAUUCUUUUGCUCUUCUUCUUUGGUUUGAAAAUUCCUUUUAAGGCUUCAGUUUAACUAAGCUAAUAAUUUAUAAGGAUUGUUCUGGUUUUUUUAACGUAGUUUUUACUGGAGGUUUUUACGUUAGCUUUGGUUCUGACUUGUAGAUCUUGUAAAUUAGCAUGACUUGUGAAAACUGUGUCCUGUGGUGUAGUUUAAACUUUUUACCAGGAAAUGUUUUGGACUCCGUCUGGUUCAUCUUCAUCCCGUCGGUGCAGAAGGAAAACCUGGCGCUCAGUGUGGAAACGAUGAAUGUUGGUUUGAAACGCCAGGAGCUUCGGAGGAUGAGAGACGUUUGUUUUUGGGCUCGGAGGCCGGAACGUUUUCUGCAUCCUUGUUCGUAUAAACAGGGAGUUGAAGAUUUUAACCAAGGACUUUUUGACAUGGAGGAAGUCUAGGGACUUUGAAUGUUGUGAAAAGGUUUUUUAUUAUUUUAAUUUUACAUUUUCUUCUCUGUGACACAUUCCAAGCACAUGGAAACCCUCUGAGAAAUUCCCUUUGGGAAUUUGUGAAGCCCUCUCUGCCGUUUCCUGCUGCUAUAAACAGGAAUAAAAACGUGUCUUUAAGAUGUUAGUGGUGUGCAGGUAACUUACUGCCUUUUAACUUUUAAUUUCAUUCAUUUCUUUGGUCGUAUUAACGUUUUGAAGUCUUGGGGCCAGUUCUUGGUUUCUGUGUCAGUAUGUCCGUAACGAUCCGAUCGGGUCAAUCUGAUGUAAAUCAUUGUCCUUUUUCAUGUUGUUCCCAAUAAAUGAAAGUCAGACACGUCAGAUCACCGUCAUGUUUUCUCCAGCGGAGAUCAUUCCUGCUCAUGUAAAUACAGAAACAACGUCUGCAGCUUUUCUUUGUGAUUAAAUGUUGAUGCUUUAUGAAUAAUUCAUUUAUACAAGUCAUUCUCAACUGAAAACAAAACAUUUAAAAUUCAAUAAAUGUGGCAUCAUAGUAGAUUACAGCACUGCUAACUCAUGAUUAGCGCUAACCCUGGACGCUAAUCGUAACCAUUAGCACAGCUAACCUUAAACUGCUACACCAGCACCGUGUUUUUGAUUUGUUUGUUUAUUUGAAACAGAUCAAGACGAUCUGAGCCUGAAUCUCAGCGUUUGUAGCCACAGCUAAUCCACAUCAUCCGUUGCUAGCAGGACCGUUACUGUUGGUUUAAAUGAAAAGUUACGAUCAACAGAAUAAAAUGAUAAAACAAGACAUUAAACAAAGCAUUUUAAAAUUACUGACUCCAAACAAUUACAUUAAUUAAAAAUUUGUUCAAUUCUGGUUCAUCUUUAGCCAGUUCUAACGGAAGCUAAUGCUAACGCGCUAAAUUCAACCAUGCUAAUACCGACCAUCAUGUUGUAUUUUUCUCAUUUGUUUGUAUAUUUGUUCAAUAAAGUUUCUUUAAAAAACUACAAAGAGAAAAACGAUGAGGAAUAAAAAGAUCUAACUGUUGAACAGACAAUAAACUGCAACACAGAUGUCAAAUUUAUUCACCUGAAAGUUUAAAAACAGGCAAAUAAAUUAACAUUUUAGAAGUUAGAUGGUAAAAUGAAUUCAGGGGAAGCUAACCAUGCUAACCAUUUGAAAAAUUAGCUUCAAAUUAGCGGGUUAGCAAAAAUGUUCCUACAAUUGGAAGAUUAUUUAAAUUAGUAAUUUUAAAUGAUCUCAUUUUCUAAAAUCAACAUACAACAGAUAUCAAACGAAACGCCUGUUAGCUUCGACAACCUUCCUGUUCAUAAAUAGCAACGUGAUUUAAACAAGCGAAGCAAACUUUGUUUUAUUAACAUUUAAAUUGUUAUCAUGUUCAUAUUGGGCCAUUAAUGGAGGUGGCGCGUCACCAAUAAUCGUCCUGAAUGAAACAAAUCCCCAGGACGUCAAACAUUUCUCCUCAGGGACUGAAGGAAACGAAAAGCAGUUUUAAUAAAUAAUAAAAUGAUUUUUGCUCAAAUCUCUUCAAUGUUUCUGCUUUUAGUUUUUUUAUUUUUGAAUCCCAGUUUCUCUGACCAGAACGGCUUCAUGUGCUUCAUGUAAUCUGGUCAGAGAAACUGAAAUCUAGGUUUUCAUUUUAUUACGCAUUAACUCUUGCAUAUUGUUCUCAGUAUGUAGCGACACCUGGUGGCGCCGUUUCCUAUCAAACAGCUGUCCUCUCUGUAAACACCUGCUCAGUUUUAGCAGCUCUUUGCUCCACUAAUUAUUAAUGUGAGCCAUUUACUGUGAGAACGACCAGAGUGAGUCAGAUCACUGAAAUAUGAAAAAUCUGUCAACAAUAUGCACAAAAAAACACAAAAAAUUGGAAACAAAACUAACAUUUAGGAGCAUUUAUAGCAGCUGAAAGACUUAUUUUGGUACUUUAUAUCAGACGUUUCUGAGCAGGACUUCCUGUUUGACUUCCUGUUUGACUUCCUGUUUGACUUCCUGUUUGCUGCCAUGAAACCUGAAACCCUUUAACAUGAACUCAGAUAGAAACAGACAGCAGGACAUGUUGGCUCCACUGCCUGAAACCUGGUCGACAACUUUCCUUCUGUGUCCCUUUGAUUCAGCUUCACAGACACUCAUUUAGAUUUAAUUCACAUUAAUAUCCAGAAAACCCAAACUGUCCGAUCAGUUUAUCAGUCUGUGGUCUUCAUCGGUUUUUUGUGUCUCUCUCCGUCUUUGUAUCUUUGAACUGAAGUUCAGUUUGUGAAGAAUUCAGACAUUAAAACUGAAUUUUCUAAGUUUGAGGUCCGGAUCGUUUCUGCAGCGGUUCUGUUUUGUUUGAGUCGGGUUUUCUGGACGUCUCCAGGUUUUCCCACCAGGUUUCCGUUUCUCUCGUUGUGAAUAAAGCGUGUUUGACAUGUUGACAUUGUGCAUGUAGAUUCUGAGAGGCUGUUUUAAAAUAAAACCAGUUUUUAUUCACAUCAAA